GGGUAUUUCCAGCUUUGUGGCUUUCACUUCCACAUCUACCAAGUGGGCGGAGUGGACUCCUGUGGACGAAUCAGAUUUCACCCCAGCACCAACUUCAAGAGGUGACCAAGAGGCUCAGGGUUCCAGACGGUGGUGGCAGUAGCAGUAACAGCAGCAGCAGCAGCAGCAGUUAGGACGACCAGAGACAGAGCCAUGGAAGACCAGCGUGACCUCAUCUCCAACCAUGAGCAGUUGCCCAUGCUGGGCCAGCGCCCUGGAGCCCAGGAAAGAAAGUGCGGACGUGGAGCUUUGUACACAGGCUUUUCUGUUCUUGUGGCUCUGCUCCUGGCUGGCCAGGCCACCACUGCCUACUUCCUGUACCAGCAGCAGGGCCGGCUGGACAAGCUGACAGUCACCUCCCAGAACCUGCAGCUGGAGAACCUGCGCAUGAAGCUUCCCAAGCCUGCCAAGCCUCUGAGCCAGAUGCGGGUGGCUACACCCCUGUUGAUGCAGGCGCUGCCCAUGGAAGGCCUGCUCCAGGGGCCCAUACAGAAUGCCACUAAGUAUGGCAACAUGACACAAGACCACGUGAUGCAUCUGCUUCUGAAGUCUGAUCCCCUGAAGGUGUACCCGCAGCUGAAGGGGAGCUUACCAGAGAACCUGAAACACCUGAAGAACACCAUGAACACCCUGGACUGGAAGGUCUUUGAGAGCUGGAUGCACCAGUGGCUCUUGUUUGAAAUGAGCAAGAACUCUCUGGAGGAGAAGCCCACUGAGGCUCCACCCAAAGCACUGACCAAGUGCCAGGAAGAGGUCAGCCACAUCCCUGCCGUCCACCCAGGCACGUUCCGUCCCAAGUGCGACGAGAACGGUAACUAUAUGCCACUACAGUGCCACGGGAGCAUUGGCUACUGCUGGUGUGUCUUCCCCAACGGCACCGAGGUCCCUCACACCAGGAGCCGCGGGCGCCAUAACUGCAGUGAACCACUGGAUAUGGAGGACCUGACUUCUGGGCUGGGUGUGACUAAGCAGGAUGUGGGCCAAGUCAUCAUGUGAGGACAGAAACCAACCCUGGCAGCCAGCCAGCUCUGCAUGGCCGCAGCUUUUUUGCUCCCUAGUACCCCCAGAUUCCUCCCAGCCUCCCACCCUACCUCAUCCCAUGACACUCUGGAACCUGGCUCUCCAUCAUCCUUGGACAUGACAGAUUAAAUAAGAAAUGGCACAGGUGAUGACACAGGAGGGCCCUGCUUCCCACUCCAUCUGUCAACAGGCACCCAAAGCCUGAGAUGGACCAAAACUAGGCAGACCCCUAUUUCCAACAUCAUAGCUGUCUUCAAUGUGGGGCUCUGAGAUCUAAGCCCAUGGACAGGGAGCACACUCUGCCCCCUAAAACUAGGCUGACACAUUGGCUGUUCUCUCUUCUUUGGUCUUGUCCACAUAACACAUCUUCCCCAUGAACAAAUUCCUUCUGUACUUCCUGUAAAAACCCCAGGUCCCCCUGCUCAGCCAAGCUUGUCAUCAGCCCUCACGGUCAUGGCUCAUGCAAGAAUAAAAGGUAGUGAGUAGACCAUUUUGGCUCCUGGCUCU